AUGUUCUCCUUUGUCCAAAGAUUUCAAAAUGUAUCAAACCAGGCCUUAUCAUUGGGGAUUGUGAUGGUUGUGUUUAUCAUGGCAUCUUCAUACUACCAACUAAUCAAUAAUGACGCGUUCUCAAUACCUAGUAAUAUUGAUAACGUGAAAACACUAAUCAAUGUUAGAACAAGCAGAUAUUUUGGCUCACAAAGAGGCAAGGCAAAGGAAAAUAUGAAGAUAAAAUUUGACUUAAAUGCCGAUCUGACUCCCCUAUUCAAUUGGAAUACAAAACAAGUAUUCGUUUAUUUGACUGCCGAAUAUAACAGUACUGAAAAAAUUGCUAGCGAGGUAACAUUUUGGGAUAAGAUCAUAAAAAACAAAGAAGAUGCUGUGAUUGAUGUGAACGACUUGAGGUCUAAGUAUUCUAUAUGGGAUAUUGAAGAUGGCAAGUUCGAUGAUAAGGAUCUAGCUUUCAAAUUACAUUGGAAUGUCCAACCAUGGGUUGGCUUGCUAACUUAUGGUGAAACAGUAAGUAAUUACACGCUUAUCGUGGAAAAUAAAGAAAAAGCUUAA